AUGAAUAUGCAAUGUAAAAUAUUUAAAACCAAGGAGAUUGUGUAUUAGAGGGAUCCCAAUGAUAAAAAGAAAAUCAUAAACGGCUACAAGGUGAUCAAAAUAAUAGGGGAGGGAGCUUAUGGGAAAAUUAAGUUAGCAAUCAAGGAUAAUCAUGAAUAUGCAAUAAAAAAGUUUAAUAAGUUUAUACUGAAAAAGAAGAAUAAAAUGUACAAGAAUCCCAACGGAACAACUAAAUACGUUUCAUUGUUAGAUGAAGUGUAUAGAGAAAUAGAAAUCCAUCAAAGGUUGGAUCACCCCAACAUAAUUAAGUUGCACGAGAUCUACGAUGACGAAGAGAGAGAGAAACUGUAUGUGGUAUUAGAAUUUGCAGAAAUGGGGUAAAUUUUGAAAUGGGAAAGCAAAUAAGAAAUAUUCACAGCCUCAUGGAAAUUCGAUGAACUCACAUUCAAAGAUUAUGCCAAGCAAAUGUUGAUGGGUCUGCAAUAUCUAUAGUAACAAUAUGUAGCACAUCGAGAUAUUAAACCCCAUAAUAUCCUCUUGACCAAAAAUCAUCAGAUUAAAAUAUGCGAUUUCGGUUCAGCCCAAUAAUUGACUCCCCAAAAUGACAGAGUCAAAGGGACAGAGGGCACUUUCCAAUUUGUUGCUCCAGAGUGCUUAAGGGAAAAUAAAAAGAGUGAAAUUCCAGGAUAUAAUGGUCAUCUGGCAGAUGUUUGGAGUUUAGGUGUAGUUCUAUAUUGCAUAGUAGAAUUGAAAUUGCCAUUCUAAAGUGAAAUAAUGUUGGAACUAUUUAAUUAGAUAGAAACUAAGGAAAUAAAAAUGAAAUACGAUGGGCCUGGGAAAGAGUUAAUUCUAAAAAUGUUGAUAAGAGACACUAGUAAAAGACCGAAUGCAACCUAGUUAUUAGAAGAUCCUUAUUUUUAAUGAUUUAGUAUCGUAGUAGCAUGUUUAGAAAUAAUCACAUAAUUGUUAUAUAAA